CCUCCUCCAAAAAUGACAAAACAAUCAAAGCGUGCAGUGGCAUGGAGACCCUUCACUUCAAACUGCUGUUCUGUCGAAGACCAGACAAUUCUCGGCAACUUCAGCCGGUGCCGGCCAUCGCGGUCGGAGUUCUCAAAGAACAUUGCCCCGUUGCCGUCGUUUCGGAGGCUGUCCUUCUCUGAUCUCAGCCGCUCUUCGUCGAUCCGCAUCAACGAAGAUCUGGCGCUGUCUUUUGGGCCCGACUUGUACGACUUUCAGCUGAGCGAGCUGCGGGCGAUCACCCAGAAUUUCUCCAGCAACUUCUUGCUCGGAGAAGGCGGGUUUGGAACGGUGCAUAAGGGUUAUAUUGAUGACAAUUUGAGGCCGGGUUUGAAGGCUCAGCCGGUUGCCGUCAAGCUUCUCGACAUUGAAGGCUUACAGGGACACCGCGAAUGGCUUGCAGAAGUAAUAUUUUUGGGGCAGCUUAGACACCCACAUCUAGUUAAACUCAUCGGCUAUUGUUGCGAGGAAGAAGAACGGCUUCUUGUAUAUGAGUUCAUGCCUCGUGGCAGCUUAGAGAAUCACCUAUUUAAAAGGAUCUCAAUAUCAUUGCCGUGGGGCACAAGAGUGAAGAUUGCAAUAGGAGCAGCUAAAGGGCUUGCCUUCUUGCACAGUGCUGAGCAACCUGUCAUUUACCGGGACUUCAAAACUUCCAAUGUCUUGCUAGACUCUGAUUUUACAGCCAAAUUGUCUGAUUUCGGGCUUGCAAAGAUGGGGCCUGAAGGAUCAAACACACAUGUUACAACUAGAGUGAUGGGUACAUACGGGUAUGCUGCCCCAGAAUAUGUCUCAACAGGGCACUUGACUACAAAAAGCGAUGUUUACAGCUUUGGGGUGGUGCUACUAGAACUACUAACGGGAAGAAGAUCAAUGGAUAAAUCAAGAGCAAAAAGUGAGCAAAAUCUGGUUGAUUGGGCGAAACCAUACUUAAGAAGUAGCCGAAGGUUGCGGUGCAUCAUGGACCCAAGACUUGCAGGGCAGUAUUCAGUGAAGGGGGCAAAGGAAAUGGGGCUUCUAGCCUUGCAAUGCAUAAGCUUGAACCCUAAAGACAGGCCAAAGAUCCCAGCCGUAGUUGAAAGCCUUGAAAGCCUGCAACAGUACAAGGACAUGGCUAUCACUUGUGGGCAGUGGCCACCAUCACCAAAAUCUAGUAGAAAUAGUAACAAUGGAGUCUUCUCUACAAAGAGUACUACUAGAGGUGGAAAUCAUAGGAAGUCUUCUCCUGUCACUCCCAUUAGGAAAACUUGAUCAUCAAUCUCUAGUACUGAAAGAGGCCGCUGCAUGUUCUAUGCAAGUUUAUGGCUCUUUGGGUGUGUGUAUCUCAACACUUGUGAAUAUUUGA